AUGAUCGCUCAAGCUGAGUCCGAGGCUUCCUUGAUGCGCAAGCUUCGGGAUGCACCCAAGGAUAACAAUUAUCGAUACACCGAAGAAGCCAGAAUUAACUUACUUCGGGACCUCACGUCGACACUGGCCAACAACAAGUACGAAAAUUUCAAAUACUUUUUCCCUAAUGGUCCUCCAACCGAACAAACACUGGCUGCUUGGAACAUGUCGGCAGCUCAGGGAGCUGUGGAGGGAGCCGAGUAUAGUGCAGCCGCACGAGGAAAGCCUUGCGGGCAUAUAUUGAAGAGUGGGGAAGCAACGUAUCGAUGCAAGACUUGCUCCCUCGAUGAAACAUGUGUUCUUUGCGGUAAAUGCUUUGAAGCGUCAGAUCACACUGGUCACGUCGUGCUUGUCAGCAUUUCGCCAGGAAAUAGUGGAUGUUGUGAUUGUGGGGAUAAAGAGGCUUGGGCUACGCCUGUAAAGUGCGCAAUUCACUGGCCUAAUGAUAAUUCUUCAAGUGGGGUUGCCGAGGAUAGUACGAAGAUUCCGGAGGACCUAGAAAAAAGUAUUCAAUGUACUAUUGCAAGGGCAAUAGAUUACAUUUGUGAUGUCAUAUCAUGCUCCCCCGAGCAAUUACGACUGGCAAAAACAAAAGAGGAAAUUGAGAAGGACGCGCGAAUGUCACAGUUAACAUCACGAUAUUUUCAGGACGAAGAAAAUUGUAAAGAUCUAGAGUAUGCAUUAAUACUUUGGAAUGACGAAAAACAUACAAUCGAUGAGGUCGAGGACCAAGUUGCGCGGGCCUGCAAACAGACAAAGGCGUUUGGAAAGUUACGAGCGCAGGAAACUGACUUUAUGGGAAGAAGCAUAAUUACCUAUUCUCAUGACAUUGAUGAACUGUUAAGGAUAUCGACAAUAAUCGAACAGAUCAAAGUUACUGUUACCAUUAGAUCUGCCAGGGACACAUAUCGGGAACAGAUGUGUGGAACUAUCAUUGAAUGGCUUGGUGAUAUUGCGGGCUGCAGCACUGGCAAAGACAACAAUAUUCUUCGAAAGACUAUUUGUGAGGAGUUACUUGAGGUUUGGAGGGUCGGAUCGAGGGCAUCAAACACGGAAAUAGGGAAAAAAGGAAUUGACGAUCACGCCCUUGAGGAAGAACUAGCCAAUAUGCUAGGCACUAGAGUCUUACCAAUAGAAGAUAUGGCUCCCGCGGAUAUUGAGUCGGACGAUAUGGACCUGGAUGUGCAGGCGGAUGCUGAGGCGGAUGGGGAUGGGGACGAAGAGGGGGACGGAGAACCGGGAGAUAUGGUUGGAGAUGACUUUGAGGAAGGCAUACAAAUUUCAGACGAGCAACGUAUAAGAGAGGCGAUAGAGGAUGAAAUACGAGAAAGAGAGCCCCUAGUACCUGAUCGUUCUGAUGAUGAUGUGGAUAUGGUUGGUCGUUUUGACUACCGGCCAUGGCAUGGAUUUGGGAGACGGCCCCCAAUGACAGCGCCUGGAGAGAUAGCAUCUCGACUGGCACAAGCGGCGACUGGCGGGGUUCGAAGCCCAGAACACAAUAUUGAACCAUUAUUUACUGGCAUGCCAAAGAUCCCGCACACUCCAGGUGACCAUCAUGCACGAAGACAAGGACCGCCAGCACCUCAGUACUGGCUAGAAAAGCCUGAUGGAUAUAUCCCUCGACAUCCCAUGCUCCCACGCGAGGACUUACGACAGCGGGUCCGCUUGGAUUGGUUAAUACUAUUUGACCUACGAUUAUGGAAGAAAGCCAGGGUAAACUUACGGGACUUGUAUAUCAGCACAGUGGUGGCCAUUCCUGAAUUUAAAAGGAUUCUGGGCCUUCGGUUUGCAGGUCUUUACACAAUUUUGAGCCAGCUCUAUCUCAUUCCAGACAGGGAGCCCGAUCACUCAAUAAUCAAUCUUUCGUUGCAAAUAUUAACAACUCCUUCCAUUACUACAGAGGUUGUAGAUAGGGGGAACUUCCUCACAAAUCUGAUGGCAAUCCUUUAUACAUUCUUAACGACACGGCAAGUGGGACACGCACACGAUGUCAACAAGGAAGCAAUACUCGCUUUUGAUGCUGGCUCGCUUCAAAAUCGGCGGAUGUUCCAUUUUUUCCAGGAUAUGCGAUAUCUCUUUGGUUCCAGUUAUGUUCAGGGAAGACUAAGAAAGGAAGAAAGGUAUACACUACAGUUUCUAGAUUUGGUACGACUUCAUCAAGGAAUUUGUCCAAAUGUUAGGGCUGUGGGCGAACACGUGGAAUACGAGGUCGAGGCAUGGAUCAGUGCAUCGUUAAUCACCAGAGAGAUCUGCAAACUAGCUCGACAAUUCGCAGAGGCCUUUAAAUGGAGCGAUGAUCCCUUUGACAAUAGUCUGCAACGCACCAUUGCUACUGUUGCAAGAUAUGCGAUAGUGUAUUCCAUGGGCUGGGAACGCUUGCGAUUCCAUCAAGCUGAGCUCAAGUCGGACACUACCUUUAUAUCCCUUGGGAAAUACCAAUUUGAUCAGCAGGCUUAUGGUCGGGGAAUCGAGUAUCGUGUAGUUGACUACAAAGUCGAAAAGCAGCCCAUUAGUUUCCAUCAUGCAUUGCAUUAUACCCUCUCAUGGCUUAUCGAGGCCGGAAAGGCCACACCUGUAACCGACCUGAAAACCUUUUUGAUGCCUGAAUGGGAUAGCCUCAAGGCUCAAAUACGCGAAUAUGAGCUGGAAGAUUUGGUGCUUGCGAUGUUUGAUUUCCCCCUGAGAGUCUGCGUAUGGCUAUCCCAGAUGAAAGCAGGAAUGUGGGUUCGUAACGGUUUCAGUCUUAGGCAUCAAAUGCAAGCAUACAGAAACGUUUCCCAGCGAGACCUCACACAUAAUCGGGACAUAUUUCUUCUGCAGACCGCGCUGGUUACCAUUGAUCCUGCCCGGAUGUUAAUAAACAUGGUCGAACGAUUUGGCCUCCAUCGGUGGAUACAGGGCGAUUUUAAACCUCCUAUUGGGCACGAGGAGAUGCAAAUCUUAGACAUGGCUGAGGAUUUUUUGCAUCUCUUAAUCGUCCUAUUGAGUGAUCGGUUGCCCCUCAUUCCCCUCCAGGAAGAGCCUGAUAUCCACAUACUCAAACUUAAACGGGAGAUUGUUCAUAUUCUUUGCUUCAAACCGAUACAGUUUUCAGAGCUUUGUGUUCGUCUCCCUGAGAGGUUGCAAGAUCAUGAAAUGUUCCAGGAAGUCCUGUCGGAAAUGUCAAUCUACCGAGCGCCUGAAGGGCUUUCUGACUCUGGUACAUUCGAGCUCAAGGAAAGCUAUCAAGAUGAGGUUGACCCCUAUAUCAUGCAAUUCUCCAAAAACCAGCGGGAGGAGACAGAAAGUAAUUACUGCGCGAGGAUAUCGAAGAAAACUGGUCAACCACAGUCGGAGGUCGUUUUCGAGCCAAAACUAAGGCAAGUCAAAACCGGUAUGUUUACAGAAAUUUCUGCAUUCACAAGGACGCCCGUAUUUGCCCAGGCAAUCUGCUAUUCAUUAACCUACGCACUGCGAUUCAAGUCGUGGACCCCAAGUAUCCAAGAUACCAGAGUGGAAACAUUUUUGCAAGUUUGCCUCCAUCUCUGUCAGUUAGCUGUCAUCGAGGAUAUAUCGAUUGAAGGAAGCGAGGACAAUGAUUCAUUCAUUCUCCAUGCCUUGAACAGAACCGCUCAGGAUGCAUUUGAUCCAUUAGACGAACAAACAAAGAAAGAAAAAUGGACGAUUGUUACCAUACUCCAUCGUUUAGCAGAAAUGGAACCAUUCAAAGUGUGUCAUCCGAAAAUUAAUAACGUGCUGCAGCGAAUGCGACGGAAGAAACCGGCAGCUUUUGAUGCAGCUGGUGAAUGGGCGUACGAGAUGGGAGAGAAGAUGGACACAGAAGUCGAGCAGACUAGUAAAGAUGCUGAGGCAGAGCGGAAGAAACAAUUAGCAAAAGAGAGACAAGCAAAGAUCAUGGCACAAAUGAAGCAGCAGCAGCAGAACUUUCUGAACGCCUCAGGAUUCGACUUUGUUGAUGAUGAUUUUACAGAUAGUGAAGAUGAUCAUUACAUGGACACAGAGGAAGAACAAAAGAAGUGGUGGAAAUAUCCUACGGGUACCUGCAUCCUCUGUCAAGAAGAGAUGAACGAUUCUCGCCUUUACGGAACACUUGCACUAGUGACGGAUACCAACAUAUUGAGGCAGACACCUUUAGCCGACUCAAACUACAUGUACGAGAUUUUGAAAACACCAGACAGCUUGGAUCGUCCUGCGGAUGAUAUCAGGCCGUUUGGCGUUGCGAGCAUGAACAGAGACUCCGUGAAGAAGCUGGCAGCAGAUGGGUCAGAGGUUAUAGCGAAAAGACAAGGCUUGGGACAAGGAUUCCCUCCAGAAUCAGUCAAAAGAGGUCCGGUGGCGGUUGGGUGCAGUCACAUCAUGCAUUUCAGCUGUUUUGAACACUAUUACGACUCGACGAAACGACGACACCCUCACCAAAUUGCGAGGCAACAUCCAGAGAGAUUGAAACUGAAAGAGUUUAUUUGCCCUCUUUGCAAAGCUCUCGGGAACGCAUUCCUUCCAAUUAUUUGGAAAUCAAAAGAGGAAUCGGCGGUAGGAGUUUUGCAGCCCGCUGAAAACUUCGAUAUUUGGCUGGGACAGCGCAUCGGGCCUAUGGUAAGCAGAUUAGAAAAAAGCGUGGCAAAGGGAGAUAUUGUGAGAAGCCAAGAGCUGUUCAGGGUUUACGGUUCGACUUCGAUGAUUACGCCUCUAGCGAAUAAGCUCGAUCAUCUUAAAAUAGUUCACGUUGGCCCAGUGGUUGUAGAUCAGUCUACACCCUUUGGACCAGGACGAGCGGGACCAUCUUAUAACUUCGGGGAACGUCUUGAUACCAGUCAAAUACUUCCCACCCCUAUACAUACCGAGAUUGAUGAGUUGCAUAAAAUCUACCGAAGGUUGAGGGAUACUCUUAAAAGUAACCGUAUCGCUUCCAAAUACAACUCGAUCGAUCUUAAAGAUGAUGAAGUCGAUCCUCCACCCGAAUUGACGCAUUGUGACUCUCUGGUAAGAAUUUUGGGAUACACGAUUUCAUCUGUUGAGAUUUCUCAACGCGGGAUUGGAUCAGAACCUGGAUCAACGCUGUUAGAUAAAAUCUCGCAGCAAGUUCUUACACAUCUGAGAAUUCUUUCGGAAACAAUAUUUUCAUACAUCACUGUGGGUGGACUGCAACACCAUACUAAAAACAGUACUCUCCAACAAUUCAACGACAUACAGCAAGAGCAGAUGCAACAAUUGUUCGUUGGGCAUCCUCAGAUCUGCGACGAGAAAACCAAGCAAAAGGUUAUCCUAGAUAUGGAGCCUUUAUUGAGCACUGAUUUAUUCGUAUUUUUGGCAGAAUGCUCUCUGUGCCUAAUACCUGCCUUGAAUCUCGAGGUGAUGCAUAUUGUACGGCUAUGCUACAUUGCAGAAAUCGUCAAAGCUACCGUCACGCUAAAGACCUCUGGCCCAGAUCAGUUUACGCGAAAAUGGGGUCGAGCAGCAUUGGAAAGAUAUGAGACCGCUGAAGGUUACAUCCCGUAUACUGAUACACAGCUUGAGACUUUCAGAUCCUUUGUCAAUCUCCUGGGACAAUAUCAUCAAGACUGGGAUAAAGACUGCGCCUCUUCUACUUUCCCCUGGGAAAUAUUUCGUACUCUAGUUGCAAAAUACACAACACCGUUUCUUCGUAAGACCGUCAUCCUGCUGCAUACUCGAUAUGGAAUCCUCUUUCCGAAUACCGGGCUCGAUGAUAUCGAAGAUAUCUUUGACACUGAACAAAGUAGGCUCUCGAAAGCUCUGGGCUUACCAGAUCUUGACGAAAUCUUUCAGUAUUGUCUUGGUGAUACUAAGGAUGGGGGAUUUAUGCGUUUCAUGAUUGCUGGGUGGUGCAGGCACUAUGAUGUUCGAUACAAAAUUCCAUCCUCAUUGCCUCAUCCAUCAAUAUUCGAACUUGUAGGCCUGCCGUUGAAUUUCGAUACCUUAGUUGAAGAAGCCAUGAAAAGGCGGUGUUUGAAGACCGGAAAAGACCUUACAGAUCCUACCGUUUGUUUGUUCUGUGGGGAAAUAUUUUGCUCACAAGCGUUUUGCUGCCUUGAGGGCGGGAAAGGAGGUUGCAAUCAACAUCUUGCAAGGUGUGGGAAAGAUAUAGGAUUAUUUAUAAAUAUUCGAAAAUGUUGUGUAUUAUAUCUGCAUAAUGGGCACGGGAGCUUUGCAGCGGCACCGUACCUCGACAAGCAUGGAGAAACCGAUUACGGCCUUAGGCGCAACCGCCAAUUAUUCUUAAAUCAACGUCGCUACGAUGCUUUGCUUCGGACCACUUGGCUUCAACAUGGAAUACCGUCCAUUAUCUCGAGGAAAUUGGAGGCCGACAUCAAUAAUGGUGGCUGGGAGACGAUGUGA